CAAUUCGAAUUAAAGAAGAAAAAAAUAAGUGAAACAAUUUUGCAAACUUUUUAAAUUAAGGCAUAUGUCUACCUAUUUUGAGUCCAAACAAGAGAAACAAAAUUUAACAAAAUGUAUAAAAAAUUUGUUCCACUUAAUUCAACAAAAAGUCCAACGAAAAAUCCGUAUGAAGUGCGCACAUUUAUGGGUGAGCCACUACAAGCUCCACGUCCCGAGUGGCGAUCUGAAAACUGCGGAUCCGAGAGUAUGUGCAGGGGGCUAAAUCAAAAUUCAGUCAUUGGCAAAGUUUUGACAUUGGAAGAAGAAGUACGAAAAUUCCACCAUAGACCUCAGCCAAAUGCAUUCGCCAGACGUGGCCACAGCAAGUGCAAAAAAGACGAUUCCCUUCUAGCCUGUGUUGUGCCACAAAGAAGUCCAGAACAUUUGAAACUUCACGCAAGAUUGCGUGAAAACUAUCUAAAAGCGCAAAGUGUUAUGAGUGAAUACUCGCAUGCCCAUGAUAUGAAUGGCAUUUAUUCGCACCAUUCAGCUGCGAUCAAAUUGGAUAGCCCUCCUGGUGGUUCAGAGGACGAUAAUGAAGGCGAUGGAGAUAAUGUUAACUGCCACCUGGAAUUGGCAAGUCCAGAAUGUAGUAGGGAAAUGUUUUAUGUGCCCACACCGAGAAUUCUUGAAAUAAAACGCCCAAAAAGUGGCAUAUUUGUGAACGAAAGUCAAGCGCCAGAUUUUAAUGCCAGUGACGGAACUCCCUUUAGCCACUAUAACCCCAGGGUAUUGCAAGAACAAUUUGAUGCCCAGAAUCUUGAAAAGAUUGACGUGAUACCUGGCAGCAACAAACGCGAUCUGUGGACAUGGAAUUUGGGAGUGCAGCGAAGAGAACGUGAAUUGGAUCGGCGUUUUAUAGAAGCAGCAGUGCCUAAAUUCGAUUGUGAUGACAUUGAAUUGACAGUUUAUAGUAUACCUCAAGAUUUGGAGAAGACUUUCAGCGCAAGAAUUUUAUUUGGCACCAAGGCCCUACAACCAGAGCCUGAACCUAGACGACAAAGAAGCUUCAAUCGCCCCCUAGAAAUGGCUUGUCUGUAUGCGGCUUUUGUGGAAAGUUUUCGUCUUAAUGCCGACUUCUGGAGUAGCGAAACUAUGGACAACAUCCUGAAGAUGGGAGAGAAGCUACUGGCAAAGAGUCACAAAUUGAAUUACAAGAGCAUGGACAACGACUAUGAUAUAUUGCCACAGAUUGCUGAGAGACAGGCCGAAAUUGGUCUUAAAACCCAUUUUUGUGGCCCCUUGAAAAGUGAGCCCAACAUCUACAAGGCCCUCACAUUGUACUUCUCCAAAUACAAUGCUUGCGUCUUGUGUUCGAAGAACUUGUAUUUGCUGAUCUGGAAGAGAUGCCGCAAUGUUUUUGAUAUUUUCGAUCCAAAUGGUCGAGGCGAAAAUUGCGAAAGGAAUUUCGAGAGAGGGAAAUGCGCCCAUAUUUCCACCAACUUUGUGGAGCAUUUGGUGCAUCUCAUUGUGAACCUUAGCCAAACAGAUAUGGAAGGUGACUUCAAAUUGUACCAAAUUUUGUUGGUUAGUUUCGGCAAACUGCUGCAAUCUGUAGCCAAGAAGCCUUUUGCCAAGAAUGUGCACAAAAUUUGGACAGUGGUAAAUGAGAGUUUUGCCCUGAUUCCCGGUUGUAAUAAUGGGCUCUUUCAACCCAGCUCUGCACUGGUCCCCAACCCUUCGAUGCUUAUCUCUGUUAUGGCCAUCCUGUACUCCCUGAUCGAAAGACCGAAUGUGUGGAAACCCGACACCAUAGAUGAGUUGAUACGUCUGGGUACAGCCUACCACAAGAGUUUGCGAAGGAAACUAAAACUGAAGGAUAAUCAGCAUGUUCACAUUACCGAUUUGCCAGACAAGUACGUUCUAGGGACCUAUAAGGCGUCCUUGAAAAAGGAUCCCUUCUUCUAUAAUGGCACCUUGAGUGAAUAUUGCCAAAAGUUUAGUGAUUCUCUGCUGAGUUGUGGUCUGAGUGAGCUAUUCCAUGAGAAUUGGGAAGCCGCUUUGAUACAAAUCGACAACUCCGUGUUGUCCGUGUGGAGGGACAAUGAACUUUUCUAUGUCUACGAUGCGUUUCGCCGAGGCAAAGUUGGUCAAGUAUUGGACCCCGAUGACUACAUGUCCAAAGGAGUGGCGGUUUUGCAAAUGCAUUCAAGCUUUGACUCAUUGCUGAGGGUGCUUUGCGAGAAGGCCUUGCACAUGCGACGAGGUGGCAAAUUCUUCAUUCAUGCCAUUAAUGUGGGCUGCAUCAAGCCCCUUAUGGAUGGUAAGCCUAGAAAGUUAAGGUAUCCGAAAUUGAAACUGACUCCGCAGGCCCAUAUGGGAGGGGAGGCAACAAACGAUGAAGAUGCAGAGGGAGACAGGGAGGAUGACACAAAGGCCAGCAAAAAGAUGGAAAAGUCGAAAAAGGACAAAAAGAAGAUGCUGAAGGUAUGCAGCAUAGAGUCAUUGAAAGAGCACGAACGACUGCCAGCAUAUGACAAUGUCGAUGUUGUGGAGGGCUUGGUGGACGAUGUUGUGGGAAAUAUUAUUUGCCUUUUCCCAGAACCAACGGUGGCCAGACCAAAAUUAUACAAAUCGGCCACCCAAGUCCUGCUGAGAUCCGAUAAGGAAUACUUGGAACAAUUGAAAUAUAUGGUGCAACAUGACCAAGACUAUGACAAUGUGAAUGCCUCCUUUCCAACAGAGAAGCCAGAAGAUGAAUUGCCUACAGUGACUUUGGAACAAGAACUGACCAUCGCGAGCAAUUUCAAUGGCCUAUCGGAUGGAGCUUGGGUGAUUUUUGGCUCCACAGCUUUGCCUCGUCGCGUUGAAGAGCAGACUAAGGUCAGAGGUCUGAUAUCGGCUGUGGUAGCAGUUGCCUUGACGUCGCGCUAUAAUAUUUCCACCUGGAACAGUGCCUUGAUAGAUUAUGCCCUCAAUGCUACGGAGACUUUUGGCAACGAUUUCCAGGUCUACCAAUACACCCUGGGUAUGGUGUUGUCGGGGAAGAUUCCGUCUCUAAGCUUGGGCCGAAGAAACUACCGGUUCAAGGUGCAGAAAGUCUUCAAAUCGGAUUUGGAAAAAACUUUGCGACAGGCUCUGCUCGAAAACUUGGUCGAAUACAAUCGCCUUUUGGUUAUAUGCCAACGUUUUAGCUGUACGAUUGUCAAACGCUACAAUUUCCUAUACAUGUUUGUGGGUUACCCUGUAAAUUCGGUGGGUUACCGUCAUUGCAAGGGCAAGGGACCAGCCUGUCUUCUGCGAUUUGCAGAGCUGGAUACCCUGAUAAGACGCAUAGAGUAUGGCUGCAAUCCCCAGGGUUGUGAUGUCACCAACUAUGUGGUGAUGCCAUUGAAGGUGUACGACAUCACUUCCGACAAUUUCAGUCGCUACAGGCAAUGGCCCGCCAAGAUGGAGCAGCGUAUGUACGAGGAGGCUCUGCAUGAGCGCAAACGUCUAGAUGAGAGCAAAAAGUCAAAAUUAGAGUUUCUGGAAAGUGAACUGCAGAAGGAAACAGAAAGACUAGAAGACUUUAGAAACAGCAAGACAUCAAGACGGUCCAAGAAAACAAAUCUGCAAGCAUAUCAUGUUGAAACCGUUGAAUCUGAUGCCAAGACCGCCGAUGUUUCAGAGCAGCAAGACCAUGAGUCCAGUCAAACUGUUAUACCAGAGGGCUAUGUGCGAAACUCAUCCAAACAUACGAUUGCUGGAAAAUCGACCAAAGCUUCUAGCCAUGAAUGUCCGCCACCUCGUCCCCUACUUUAUGGCUAUAGGCUGCGAGAAAAGGAUUAUCUGUAUAAAAUCCAAGGAUCAAAGUUCCUACAGCGUCGUGCAGAGUGUCUUCUGGAUGAAGUUAAACCCUGUUUCUUUGCCAGCACCUUGGCUAUACUCUAUGCCAUUGUACGACCUCACAACCAAUGGACUUCACAGCGUGUGGACCAAGUCAUUGAUUCGGCUCUGAUUUUAAGCGACCAUAUAGAGAACGCUUCGGCUUCGUUUGAGAAGAUCAUAAAACAUGUCAGCGUGGACGACUACACUUUUGACAUAUGGAUCAAGACAUUUGAGCCCAAAGGCCUUGUAGGAAACCUGGCGCAGAAUCUCGAAAGGGCCACUAAGCUGAGAAAGCAAAUGCUGCUACAUACUGCCAAUUGCACCUAUGCCGUUUACAAAGAUGAUUAUUAUCAUCUAUUCGAUCCAUAUCCUUCCAUGGAAAUUCUUGAUAAUAUACCUGGGGGUGGUGCCUCGAAACCCCAUAGGGACGUAGUACUUAAGGAGAUAAGGCGCUAUGGAGAACGUAAUACAGCUUCUUGGAUAUUAUUUGCUGAUGCCGAAUCUAUGGUGCAUUACAUGGAUCAACGCUGUUGCAGUGCGACAUGGAAGGAAGAGGGCGAUUACUCAUAUAUGGUUGUUGAUGUUAUCUCGUAUAAGAAAUCUCCACUAACGGCAAAUGUUCUUCAAUUGCUUACCGGCAGUGAGGGUGUCUGCAAUGUCCCCGGUGAAGAGGAGACAGGAAUUUGUGCCCACAACGAAACCAUUGCAUGGUUGGAACAUUGCCUGCCCAUCUGGAGCCGACUGAACAAAAGAAACUCUGCGGGUAUUUAUCGAGGCAUGAUGGCAUCCAAGUUCAAAAACUACGACAUUGAGAUUGAGAAUCGUCUUUGGUCUCUGUGGGCCAAUUUGCAUCCUCAGGCUGCUGUCUUUGAUGAGAGUAGCCGGGGCAAACAGUAUUUAGCGUGCUGUGUUGUGUCAUUGUGUGCUGUACGCCUUUUCCGUUUGGUCGAUUGGAGUGCCCAACUCUUGGAUUCCAUUGUAAUCAAUGGUGAUGCCUAUCAUCGUCAAAGUGUCCAAGACAUUGCCACAACUGACUACGAAAUAAUGGCGGAGGAUCUUGACACCGAAUAUAUGUUGGACAACGUGAGAUUCUCCAUUCAUCUGGAACCGGUGUGUUAUGGAAAACUCUAUGGCCGUCCUCAUUUCAAUCGUCUGAAUUUGGCCCAGGCCCUGAUGUACUUCUUUGGCAACCAUCGAUUUGGACUGCUGCAAUGUUCCCGGAAGUGUCUGGCUUUUGGUUAUAUUCCUGCUCAUGAUGGAGGUUAUUUCAUGUUCGAUUGCCAGGGUCGUGAUCGUCCCUUGUUUCCCAGUGGUCAGGGAGCGGCGUAUGUUUUGCGCACAAAGUAUUUGGAAAUUUUACUCUAUUGCAUGGUGGUAACCCUGAAUAUUCCCUUCUACAAUGUCGAAUUUACUUUGCACACGGUGGAAACCUUCGCCGAUAAUGAAUCUGUUGCAGAAGACACAGUUGGCAAUUAGGCAGGCAUCAAGGUGGAAAAUAAAACUCAAAUGUUGGCCAGUAUUAAAUUUGGAUCAGUUUGGAAAAUUUUAUAUAUAUUUAAUAAAAAAACAAAAUCGAAAA